AUGGCUGGCAGUGCACGGUCCACGCCUGCGCCGCUCUCCCAUGCCGACGUGCGGAGCAUAAAAGCCCGGCUAUUUACAGCGCUCGGAAAGCACUCCGAUACAUACUGGACGGCCUUUGGAGCGCUGUGCACGGCGUCGAUUGACCGCCGCGAAUUUCACGCGCGAGUGGAGCAUAUCCUUUCGCCCGAGUGUUACCCGCUGCACAAUGCGCUCGUGCUCAGUAUGCUGAGUGCAGCAUACGCGCGGCAGACCAGUGCGCGUUUGCGGCACGGUACAGGCCACCGCCAUGCGCCACUGAGCCCGAUACAGGCUGCCGCACACGGGCUCUAUGCCCUCGACUCCGAUUCCGAUACAGACGCGGAUCCUGCCGUGGGAGGCUUGGAUACGCGAAGUCUGAAACGACUGCGCCAUAUGUAUGCGGGUCUCUCGCAGGACGAGCGUGCGCGCCUGAAACAGCUGCCGAAAACGAGUCACGGCGGCGUGCACACCGCUGCGACAGUGUGGGCCGGCGCAGGCGCCGAGCUCCUUGAAAAGAAGCGCAAAGAGGACGAGAAGCGCAAAGCGAUUGAGGAGCGGCGCCGCACGCGCGAGAUAAAGUCGUCGAUCGGCGCGUUAUCGUGGCGAGCCACGACCGUGCAAGCUGCCGCACAUGCCGAUGCACAGCGCCCGCAGCUUUCCUCGGCCACGCAAGAAGCAUUUAUGCGCGGCAUUGUUGCGCCGCAGUGCAGUGAAGCGCACGAACUGCCCGACGUGCAUCUACUCCAGGACCGCAUGUCGCUCGCUGCCGUCGAAGCGGGUCUUUCCGGCGGCGUCCAAGUGCAGGCGGCGGCCGUCGUGCUCGCUGCGCUGCAGGAUCAUUUGCGCAAUGUCAUCAGCACUGUCUUGCGCAGUGUACGCAGCCAGCGCGCUGACCAAGUCAGCGACAAGCCUCCGCGCUUGCGCAUGUCUGACAUGGCGACGUUGCUGGAGCUCGCGCCGCACGUCGUCGUCGAGCCAUUGGGACAGGGGCCAACUGAGCGCCUUUUGGUUCCCGACGAGGCUGCUCAGUAUACCCACGCGCCCCAUCCCAUGGCGCUUUUUGCGCGCCAAUGUGCCGUGACGACACUUGGCGCGGCACCGCCAGGCACAGCGCCAGAGCCUUCGGCGAGCGAAGAAGAUCCCGAGCGCCAGUUCCGCGAGCGGCAGCAGCAGCACCGCGACGUGGUGCGCAACCAGGUCUUGCUGGAUCAGCUGGCACCGCUACGUAUGCUGGACCGCCCCGCACUGUGUGAAUCGAUGGCCAACGGCGAGGUGCAGUGGUCGCCGCAGCACGUACAGGCCGCGAUGGAAGGGCCCGACGCGCUCGGCACCGCACUUGUGCAGCACUACCAAUCGAGUCACGCCAGCAACCACCACCACCACCACCCCAAUCCCGCACACCGGCACAAGGACGAGUACUUUGACGUCGUCGAUCCGAUGGCCUUGCUCGGCAAGCUGUGUGAAUAG